GGUUUGUCCCUCGUUGGUUAUAGUCAUGUUGAGAACGCGCUUAUGGGUGACGGGUGUGUGGUGUGUACGUGCAAGUGGAGAGCUGUUAGGUCUUCAACGGAUUAAAGUGCUAAGGAGGGAUCAGGAUGACUAGUGUGAUCUGUGGGCGAGUCAGGCAGGUCCUGUCUCACACUGCUGGACGCCAGGCACUGACAACCUUCCGGGUCGGACGAAUCAGAACGUUUUCUGCUACGAGCUCUGAUGAGCCCUACGUAGCUGUAUCACACACAGACUCAGGGACUAGAACCGUGUGGCCCGAUGAAAGCAUGGGACCAUUCGGCCCUCAGGACCAACGAUUCCAGCUGCCAGGCAAUGUGGGUUUCGACUGUCACCUGGAGGGUACCGCGGACCAGCGGAGAGGCCCAGUCCACAGGACAGUCCCCGACGUCCUCACUACCCCCACCAGCUCUGAGAGGCACGAGUUUGUCCUGGCUCAGUUCGUCAGUGAGUUCCAGGUUAAAGGGGGUAACGUAUUAGCAGCGAGAGUUCGCAAGGCGGAGCAUUAUUUUGAUCAUUCAAACGUGGACUGCUCAAUACAAUCCUGUCCAGAGCUGCUAAAGAAAGACUUUGAGUCCUAUUUCCCAGCGGCCCCCGCCAGUGCUAUAACCGUGGUCACCGUGACUCACCGAGACACGCUGCGUGAAGAAACAGACCCAGACAAGCAGAUGUUGCAAAAAUUUGUCAGUGGUGCCAAGGAGAUGUGCUUCACCCUGUGGACCGCGGGGUUCUGGGCUGACUUCAUCAACCCCUCUUCCGGAGUAGCUUUUUUUGGAUCUCAGUCCAGCCACGCCGUCCUGGCAUCAGAGGAGCAGUGGGUCCACCUGGGCUUCAAUAUUGAGAACCAGGGCUCGUGCAAAGUCAUCAACCACGUCCUGAGAGGAACUCCGGUGUUUGUAGGAACAGUUUUUACUAACGCACCUACCAAUAGUCAUGUUAUGGAGAGGCUGCAAGGUCACACUCAUGGACUGGGAACUGGAAACUAGCUUCUUUUUAAUUGCAAAUCCCAAUAUGAGAGUACAAAGACUGUCCUUGUGCACCUAGGAUGAGUCUGGAACAGAAACCCACCUACCUGUUGCAUUGACACACGCACAGUAAGUGUCUUUUAGGGUGCCCAAAGGUUGUCUGUAUAUGAAACUAUAUACAACUAAGGCAUCAAGAAAUGUGUCACUCAACUAUGUACUAAGUAGCAGGUAAGGUGGGGUACUAUGAUGACUCAUGUGAUGUCAUUAACACUUGAUUCAUGAAGUUUCCUUUGGCAGCUAUGGUUAACAAAUGAGAAUAAUCCAUUGAACUACAUUUGAUAAACACCAGGCUACUUUCAGUAAGAGCCAACACUUGUAUGUGAGUUCAUCGUGAUCAUGGAUUUUUCACAUUUUACUAACACUAUGUCAACAGAAAUAUGACCUGUUGCUGUGAUGCAUGUUUUCAACAGCAUUGUCUGCUUGUGUCAGAAUGGAGGAAAAUAGUGUCAGUGUUUGGAAUGACAUGAGGACCUGUUCACAGUUGAUAUGCAGAGCUGUGGUAGUUCUCAGGAUUCUUUUACUCUAUAAACCUGGCACAGACUACAAGAAAUGCAUUGUCGCACACAGUAAUAUACACAACUUGAAUUUGUAUACAGCUUUGGAUAAUCCUGUAAUCCUGAAAAGCUUUUCACUGGAGUAAUUAAAUGAAAUUACAAAAGAUAUGAGAACCUGUUUGUGAGGCUAAUAUUAAAACAACAAUAUGGGUAAUCCAGAUUGAGAUUUUAAGAUGAAAUUUGAGGCUAAAAUGUUCUUGCAAGUGUCAGACCUCAAGGAUUAAUCCUUUUUUUAAAAAAGAGAAUA